AUGAAGAAUUUCCUAGUGGUACUGGUGGUUUGGAACGUGUUUUCGACAGCCUUGGCAAUAACGAACUGCGUUUGCGAUAGUCGGACAGUACCGGCGACAGUCUCGCCAGUAUGUUCAAGCGACAGGAAGACUUACCGCAACGCCCAACUAGUUGCCUGCAUGAAUACCUGCUACCAAACCAAUUUAAGAAUCGUAUCUUACGGAGCUUGCGUCGCAACUGUUGUCGCCCCUACUAUCAGACCAACCAGACCAGUCAUCGCAACUAUACCGACCGUAGUUCCGCUGUAUCCCCCAGACACUUUAGCACCGAUUCCAAAUCCUAACACGGCAGGCAGGUGCUACUGCCCAAACACGGGAGCAUAUUCUCCGGUCUGUGGCAGUGAUGGACGGACUUACGCUAACGCGGGACUGCUCGCCUGUUACAAUAGAUGCUACAAUAGGAACCUGUCCGUUAUAAGCUGUGGAUACUGUCCGAGGAAUGUGUGCAUCUGUACCAACACAAACUACUACAGUCCGGUUUGUGGAAGCGACGGAAGGACCUACAGAAAUCCGAAGAUCGUUCAAUGCUUGAACACAUGCCAGAACAGGAAUAUAGCGAUAGUGAAAUACCAGGCAUGCUGAAGUCGAGCUUCAUUUAAGCGUCGAGCAACAAAGUCAUCGUCUACGUCAGCACAUAACGACAAGAAAAACCGCUUCUAUCAAUACAUCGUAAUAAGAACGUUAAUCUCCAUAAUAAUCUCAUCUUAUCCAUUAAACGCCUACCCGAACUUUUCACCGAACUCGAGCUAACGACACUUUAAACCACUUUAGCAGAUCCCGAGCAAACGAAGUCUAAAAGAAUUCCAUUAAAAUUCAACCUCCAAAGUUCAUUUCCGAUCUCUCGAAAGCCGUUAAAUUCAACAGCAGCCACUCCGCGCAAAACCAUUAAAUGAAAAAUAAAAAAAAGGCUGCAGCUCUCAGUCGAAUCAGACCGAUCCGGGAUUAUUUAUCCAGUCUCACCGACUCGUGACGCGGAUGACAAAGCGUCGCAAUUUGUCGCAGUCGUCAAGACCGCGAGCGCGCACUCGCGAGUAAUGACUUUAUUGUUUUCUUCCAGCCGAGAUAAAUCUCCCUCCCCCGCAAGGGCGCGCGACGGAUCAUUGGAGCUGCGCUUCUCUGCACACAAUGCGCGGCUAAUUGAGAAUUAUGCAUCCGGUGUGCAACGAACGGAAGAGCUUCGAUUGCUCUGUGGUGGUGAGAGGAGGGCUCGUUGUCUGAUAAUAGCUACCGUUUGUCUGCAGUCUCGUAAUCGUGCUUUUUUUUGUUCGGGUACUUGAGGCCGCUUGAAGUAGUAGUUGAAGCUUGUUUUGGAAUCGUAUUAAUGAAAUUAUGGGAUCUGUUUAAAUACUCGGGUUUCGUAGAGGCUAGUUAUCAAGACAAAUGACUCACCUCUUCCAUGAAUGAAAUCUAACUAGGAAAAAAUUAUAAAAUCGAGCCGAGGAGUUGGAACGUAUGACGCCUUGAGUUUUAUGACGCAAUGAAUAAAGCCAUAUUCGAUUAUAUGCGUUUUCACGCGAGGAAAAG